CUCUCACUCUACCUGUUUGAUGAUAUGCCUGUGGAGAAAAGAGGAAUUUUUUUUUUUUUUCUAAUUUGAGUAUGUAUAUGUUAUUAUCUCGUGUCAGAUAUUAAUGGGUAUUGCAGAUUCGAGUGAGGGAGUGAGCAAGUUGGGAGCAGCAUGAGGCUCUUUCAUUUCCAGCUGUCCCUAUUUGUGGCAAAGUAGUUGUUAGGGAGAAUGGGACCAAAACCCAAUUUGACCCAUCCUGCCAAAAUAACGCCUCCUUUGUUGAUAUUUCACCAUAACCCAUCAACGUCAUCUAUAAUUUCUUUGUCUACCCUUUGUAAAUUUCCAUCAUUCUCCUGACCCUUUUUUGUUUCUAUCCUCUAUUUUCUUUUCUUGAUGCUACUUUGUCCGUUACUAUCACUGUUUUAAGUGUUGAUUAACUUCUUCCAUCUCUAAUUAUGAUUGAUUAUUCAACUUGUGAUUGAGAAUUUUAUAUACACCCAAAGAGCAGAAAGAAGGUUGUGAAGUGGGGAUUUUUGAGUUAGGUCAGCAAUUCACAAGAGUCCAGUUUUUGAGUUGCAGUGGCAAAAUCACCGUUGAAUUCUUCACACACUUCAGUGGGUUUCUUGCUUCUCUUCUUUUGCUGUAAUAUCUGCCUUCUUGUCUACAAUUGAUCUGUUGCUGCGACCCACUAUUGGGAUAAUUGGGAUUGAAUUUCCUGGGAUUAUUAGGUAAAAAAUCUAGGGUUGUAAAGAUUCUUGGGGUCCCUGAUUUAGAGCAGUUUGGUGGGUUCACUCUUCUCUUCUUUUGUGUUGAUAUCUUGGGUGGUGGGUUGAGACCAGGAUAGAUGACUGUGGAUGAAGCUGGGGGUAGCUCCUCAUGGAGUAGAGAGCAGGAUAAAGCAUUUGAGAAUGCUCUUGCAACUUAUCCCGAGGACUCCACAGAUCGGUGGGAGAGAAUUGCUGGUGAUGUUCCUGGGAAAACUCUAGAGGAGAUUAAACAUCAUUAUGACCUUCUGGUGGAUGAUGUUAACCGGAUUGAAUCAGGUUGUGUACCUCUUCCUGCCUAUAAUUCUUCUGAAGGUUCAACGAGCCAGGCCGGAGAUGAAGGAACUGGUAAGAAAGGCAGCCAUGUGGGGCAUUACAGUGAGUCUAAUCAUGGAAGUAAAUCAAGAUCAGAUCAGGAACGCCGCAAGGGGAUUGCCUGGACGGAAGACGAACACAGGUGAAUUUGUUAUUUAUUAAUUUAUUCG